UAUCUAGUUGUUGAACAGACUCAAAAAUUUCUAACCGGGAUCAUCUCUUACAUUUUACAAGAAGAAGUCAACAGUGAGUGGACAGCUCACAGAACAUCUGCAGUCAAAGACCUCAUCUACAGAUCAUAUCAAAUAGGUUCUGUUGGUCUAAAUCAUCUGCAAAAUGCAAGCCAUUCGUCAGUGCUCAGUGUGCGCCAGACAUGCUGCUGGAGGACUUGUCAGAAACCAAACUGAUGCUUCACUGCUGCAGACCAGCAGGACUGUGCUGAGGAGAGGAGCUGCAUGCGUCCGCUUCCUCAGCAGGUCUGAGGGCAGGAAGCCUGGAGUCCAGACGAUGGGCAGACUGACUUCACGCAUGAGCAUUGCGUCUCUGAGUGUUGACAGCGGGGUUUGUGAUGCUCCUUUUGCUCAGCAAGUGGAAAACCUCUCACACGACUCUCUGAUAAGAAGAGCUGCCUCAGUGGUUACAGACAGUUCAAGUACUUUCCUCUCCCAGGCCACCUUGGCUCUGAUUGAUGCCCUGACAGACUAUUCAAAGGCUGUGCACUCACGCAUUGCUUUCCAAAGACGAUAUUUAGUCUCGCUGGGUAAACUCAGUCCAGCAGAGCAGGACUCACUCCAGCAGGUGAUCAGCGGCUGGAGAGCAGAGGCUGUUGAGAGACUAGAAGAAUGCAAACGUUACGAGUCCUCCUGGAACAACGCUGUCAGCCUGUGUGAAAUGUCAGCGGAGGCAGCAUACGCUUCUGGAGCCCAGCAGGCGUCCAUCUCGGUGAGAACGAACAUUCAGGUGGCCCAGUCGCAGGUGGACGAAGCCCGGAAACUGUCCGCGGAUGCAGAUAAGAAACUGGCCGAGACGAAAGUAGAAGAGAUCCAGAGGAUGGCAGAAUAUACGGCAUUCCUAGAGGGCAGUGAAGAGCACGAGGUGCAUGAGGCUUAUCUACGGGAGGACUAAGAUGAGGAGAGAAGUUGGAAAAGUGCAUGUCAAAGUGCUGUUGAUGUCAUAGUGAUGUGGAUUCAACUUCAACAACUUUGAUCUUCCUGCACUGUUUGAUGGCAGUAUGAUAUUUAUAUGUUUGGUGUUUACAAUUAGUAAAUUUUACUUUAAAACGAAAAUCUACCAAAGAGCAAUUUGUAAUUAUUUACUGUUGCAUUGGUCAUUAUUUAAGACUAUUUAUUUGAUUAGUCAAUGUCAGCAAAAUCAUGGAAUUUCCAGUGUGUGAUGGUGCAACGUCACCACUGUAGAUCACAAUGUAUGUUUUGUUGUAACAAAGACAUUUUUUUAUGAAACUAUUCUAUGUAUCAAUGGUUUUCAGUGUUAAUAUCAAAACAAUAAAUAAAUCUAUUUGUUUUUAUAAACA